AUCGUAACAAAUCAAGACAUGUUGUCCAGUUAUGAAUCAGAGGAGAUGAGUCUUUGCUCAUUUUUUUCAGCAUAAGUUUAAGUUCUGAUUAGAGCCGCUAACAGAAUGACACAGUUGACACAUUUUCUAUAGCUGUUAAUUGGUUAGAUGUAAGAAGUGUGAAUGUAUUCAAAGUGACCACCACCACCACCAUUAGCUGGCUAGAUUUACAGUUCUUCUGUGAAGAAGUGAAAAUGUAUUACCUGGACCCACAGAGCUUGGACUAUAUCCUGUUCUUUCUGGCCACGGUCUCCAUUAUUUUCUUUGUUAUUUUCUGGUUCAUGUCAAUAUUGUCUUUCAUAGGAGCGAAAUGUGUUCUGUAUCGGAAGUCUGACCUGAUCUCGUUUGAUGAGAAUUUACCAGGAGUGUCUGUCAUAAAACCAUUGAUGGGAGUAGACCCAUUACUGGAGGAAAAUCUAGAGAGCCAUUUUACCAUGAAAUAUCCAAAUUUUGAACUUCUGUUCUGUGUGCCAGAUGAUCAAGAUCCUGCAAUUAACCUUGUGAAAAGACUGCAAGAGAAAUACCCUAAUGUGGAUUCACAGCUGUUUACUGGUGGGAAGGAAGGUAUCAUUAAUCCAAUGGUAUUUAACAUGGCUCCUGCAUAUGAGAAUGCAAAAUAUCCCAAUGUUUGGAUUAGUACAAGUCGGAUCAAAGCAUCAUCAGAAAUCAUCCUAGAUCUUGCUUGUAAACUGAAGAAGCCAAAUGUAGGUUUAGUUCAUCAAAUGCCAUUUGUUACAGACCAGAAAGGGAUAGCAGCUAGCUUAGAAAAAGUGUACUUUGGUUGUGCCUUAUCCCGGUUUUACAUUGCCCUGAACCAGUUAAGCCAGGCUUGCUGUACAGGAAUGUCCUACAUGUUCAAGAAGUCAGUAGUAGAUGAUGUCAAUGGAUUGAUAUAUUAUGGAAAAUACUUGGCAGAGGAUUUCUUUUUAACACAAGCUAUUCAUAAUAAAGGAUACAAGCUGGUUUUAUCAGCUUUUCCAGCCCAACAAAAUGUGGCAGCACCAACUAUCAGAGCAUUUAAGGAUCGUAUGGUCAGGUGGAUUCGACUACGUAUCAAUAUGAUGCCAUUAGUUAGUGGGCUUCUUGAACCUCUACAUGAAAUUCUUAUUCUUUCCCUUCAUUCGUCCUGGGCCUUCUAUCAUUUUUUUGGAAUCAAUCCAUAUUAUUUCUUCACAUGCCAUAUUAUACUCAACUGUGUGUUGGACUACAUUCAGCUAUGUAAUAUACAGGGUGGACCCUUGCUAUUUUCAAAACUACAGUAUAUUUUUGUUUGGUUAUUCCGUGAAAUUUUAUCCACAUGGACAUUUUUAGAAGCUUUCAUUCAACCCAGAACUAUUUCAUGGGGAGCACGCACUUACCAAGUACGACUUGGAGGACUUGUGACUCUUAUGAGGGACGAUAACAAAAAGUCCAAAUCCUAGCUGUCCAUGUCUUCAUUACAUUGUCAUAGAUUCAUGUCUAGCAACUGAUGUUUUGAGGUGUGUGUUUGAUGCAUAUACAUGUAGACUUAGUAGAAUGGCAUUUUGACAUAAUGUCAAGUAGACUAAAUGACAUAUCAUUGAUAUAUAUGUGAAACAUUUUGAACAACAGGCAGAUAUCACAUUCUAGCAUUUAGAAUCAUUGACAUCUUGUAUCAUUUUAACUCAUUUUCAUCCUUAAGACGGAUUCAGAACCAAAACUGCAGCAAAGGAAUCUGUGUUUCAAUCCAUUCAUCAGCAAUAUUUUGUUACAAUUGUUUUUAAGUACAUUGUAUUUAUGUAUAAAUAUGUAUGUAAUCUAUGUGUAGAUCUUAUAAUAAGAUGUUUAUAUCUAAGGUGCAUUGUAUGUCACAAAACUAUCUAUU